GUUGCAAGCACCAUCGAAAUAGAAGUGGCAACAAUACUGUGCAUGACCUCGCCCAAUAGGGGACUCAACCUGCCCCAUCCCCAAAUGUAUUCCAUUUCCUGUCUUAAAGCCAACCGUUCCAUUCAAGUUUGGAAUGUUAAAACCCUAGUCGUAAAACCCUUCUCUACAACCAUGUCUUCUCUCCACCGUCGUCUCCAUGGCAUCUUCAACAGUACUUCUGUCCGUGCAACAACCCAAACCAACACCGUCAAAGCCUCGGCCCGAAGCGCUCGCUCCCAAGAAGGCAGACUCGAAAAAGUGGUCGAGAAGUUCAAGAAAUCCUCCGCGUCCCACCGCUUCCGCGCCUCGCACGGCAUCUACGAGUCCACGGUUCGCCGCCUCGCUUCUGCCAAGCAAUUCUCUAUGAUAGAAGAAAUCCUCGAAGCCCAGAAGAAGUACCCGGACAUCUCCUCCGAGGGAUUUGCAAUCCGUCUUAUCGCCUUGUAUGGUAAAGCGGGUAUGUUUGACCAUGCUCACAAGGUGUUCGAAGAAAUGCCUGAGCUGAAUUGUCCGCGUACAUCGAAGUCAUUCAACGCCCUUUUGGCGGCUUGUGUGAACGCCAAGAAAUUCGAUAAAGUUGAGGAGCUUUUCCGGGGACUACCGCAAAAGGUGUCGAUAGAAGUUGAUUUGGUCUCUUAUAAUACUGUUAUCAAUGCAUUUUGUGAGAUGGGUUCGUUGGAUACUGGGCUUUUGAUGCUUGAUGAGUUGGAGAAGAAUGGGUUGGAGCCUGAUUCGGUAACAUUUAAUACGCUUCUCAAUGGGUUUUAUAACAAUGGUCGGUUUUCGGAGGGAGAGAAGAUAUGGUGUAUGAUGGAGAGCAAGAAUGUUAUUCCUGAUAUUAGAAGUUAUAAUUCAAGGUUGCGCGGUAUGGUUCAUGACAGCAGAAUAUCAGAAGCAGUUAACUUGAUUGAUGAAAUGCAGAGCAAAGCAAUUAACCCAGAUGUGAUGAGUUAUAAUGCUUUGAUUAAAGGGUUUUGUAAUGAUGGAAAGUUGGAGGAAGCGAAAUGGUGGUAUAGGGAGCUAAGAAAAAAUGGAUGUAGUCCUGAUUGGGUCACUUAUGUGGCCCUUAUUCCACGUCUGUGCGAAGAGGGUGAUUUCGAUAUGGCAAUUGAGCUAUGUGUGGAGGUUAUCAAUCACCAGUUUAUUAUUGACACAGCGGUAAUACAGCGUGCAGUGGAUGUGUUGGUCAAGAAGGCAA